AAGUGUUCGUUAGCAUGUCGACCUUGACACUGUGUUGUAACCUGGAUGCAUCCGACAAGCGGCAACGUUACGAAACCGAACUUCGCUCACGUUUAAACAGUUUCUCUUAAAUCGUAGCUAAAUCUUCUUCAUUUUCUUCCACAGAAACCAGCAGGUUAAACUGGUUCACCCCGGUGUAGUCUUGUGUUUUGGUCGCGAUCAGCGUGUUGUUAUUGGAGGUCAGCGUGUCUCCAGUUGAAACCAGCCAGCCGACCAGAUGCUUUCCCCGGGCAAGACCGUCUCCUCCCGGCUGCUCAGGCCGUUGUCUAGGCUUCCUAUCUGGCUGGGCUCUGAUGGUAGAGCCGCCAGCUCUCUGCCUAAAGAGUUGAUAAAGAAACACAAACUGGAGAAAGAUGAGCUGCGCCCCCUCUACAUGGACUUCCAGGCCACCACGCCCAUGGACCCCCGGGUGCUGGACGCCAUGUUGCCCUACCAAGUGAAUUACUAUGGUAACCCUCACUCCAGAACACACGCCUACGGCUGGGAGAGCGAGAGCGCCAUGGAGACGGCCAGGAAGCAGGUGGCUGAUCUGAUUGGAGCAGAUCCCAGAGAGAUAAUCUUCACCAGCGGAGCCACCGAGUCCAACAACAUGGCUAUCAAGGGCGUGUCCAGGUUCUACCAGACCAAGAAGCGUCACGUGAUCACCACGCAGACGGAGCAUAAAUGUGUUCUUGACUCGUGUCGAGUUCUGGAGUCUGAAGGAUUCAGUGUGACCUACCUGCCAGUCCAGACCAACGGACUGGUGGACCUGGAGCUGUUGGAGGCCUCCAUUCGUCCUGACACCUCUCUGUUGUCGGUGAUGACCAUCAACAACGAGAUAGGAGUCAAGCAGCCAAUCAAGGAGAUCGGUCAGAUUUGUCGUUCCAAAGGAGUCUUCUUCCACACUGACGCUGCUCAGGCUGUCGGAAAGAUUCCCAUCAACGUCACGGACUGGAAGGUUGAUCUAAUGUCCAUCAGUGGCCACAAGAUCUACGGACCCAAAGGUGUUGGUGCUUUGUAUGUGCGCCGCCGGCCCCGAGUGCGUCUGGAGCCACUGCAGAGUGGGGGUGGGCAGGAGAGGGGGCUGCGCUCCGGAACGGUCCCCACCCCUCUGGCUGUUGGGCUGGGAGCCGCCUGUAGCAUCGCAAAGCAGGAGUUGGAGUAUGAUCAUCACAGAGUGUCUAUGCUGGCUAAUCGUCUAAUCCAGAAGAUUAUGUCGGAGCUUCCUGACGUCAUUAUGAACGGAGAUCCAGAACAACGCUACCCUGGCUGUGUCAACCUGUCCUUUGCCUACGUGGAGGGAGAGAGUCUGUUGAUGGCGCUGAAGGAUGUCGCUCUGUCAUCUGGGAGGUCAGACACACACAAGCUGUUCACUCAAACUAUUUUAAAAUAUAUAAAUUGAACUGUACCCUGUGGAU